GAUCAUUACCACAUGGAUCUAUACACACCUCCAAGCAAUGGCUGAAGCUACACAUGAUAAAGAUAAUCCCUUCUCCUUUAAGAGUUUUAUGAAGAGGACCUCCACUGAUCUCACCGGCCACUCAGAGCAGUUGGAAAAGGGAGGGAAGAAUGUGAAGUCUACAAAAAAGAAGAAAGAAACCCGCAGAAAAAAAAACAACGAUGAUGUAUUAUUUCCAGAGGUAGAAGACCCAGAAAAAGAAGAUGCUGACAAUCCGUUCUCGUUUACAAAGUUUGUUAAGACCAAGAAAACGAAGAAACAAAGUCAGGCUACUCGACUAGUGGGAGAUGGCUCGUCUGAAGGCAGCAGCUCUGAACUGGACGACCUGUUCCCCCCCAGCAAGGAGACCCCCCACAGAGGACCACCUCCCGGCCCCAGCAAGGAUACCAAAGUAGUGUCAGACCCUCUGAUAAAAUCGGACAUUUUUGAGUCAGACUCUGACAGUUCUUUUGGACUUACGGAAGAAGAUUCUCUGUUUUUCAAUAAAUCCUCCAAUGCUCCGAUCGAUCUGGGCCCACCUUUGACCUCUGUACCCAAAACAAGUGAUGUCUCCAAUGGCCGAACCACGUCGUUGACGAGUAGAGGCAGUAAAGAUGAGGAUGAAGACAGUGACUGGUUCGGCAGCUCUCUGGAGGCUAGUACAAAGGAGUCCCCUCAAGUUUUGAGCAGGGUCUUAGCAGGAGAGGGGGAGAGCACUCUGGUCAGGAAGUUGAGAGCUGAGAAUGAGAAGCUGAAAGGAGAGGUACAGAAAUCACAUCAAGCGACUAAGAAACAUAAAGAAAGGAACACGUCUCUACAACAAGAGCUGGUGGCUCUGAGGAGGAAGGAAGAGGAAGACACACGAUCACUGGAGGAGAUGGCACAGAAGGUGGAGAGCAACCUCGUCGCCACCACUAAACGGGCGGCCACUGCUGAAGCUACCAUUGCUAGACUGAAGCAAGAGAUACAGUCACUACAGGUCCAGCUGGCUCAGGCGUCACCACAAAGCGUUCAUCAGAAGUACGAAGAGAUGCUGAGAGGAGUUAGAGAAAAGGCAAACUUUGCAUCCCUACAACUGGUGACUGCCUCACACAAAGCCGAACAGUCCAUCAGGGACCUGGUAACUGGGGCUGAGACAUUGAAGACUGUAGCUGAGAUACUCAUGUUCAUUGACUCUAUAGCUGAGGUCAAAGAUGGGACUAAAAGUUGAUGUAUAGCAACUGCAUAUCUUUUUAUUGUUUUGGAAUUAUUCUGAUGUUCAAAUAAUAAAUU